AUGGAGAGUCUGAGUGAACUUCAGAAUCCACUGCUGCCCAGGAGCCCUGCCCACCUCCAUGGCCCCUGUCCCUACCCAGAGACCCCACCCAGCUGGUCCUGCCGGGAGAAGCUCUACUCCUACCUCCUGGGUAGCACUGGCCAUACUCGAGCCCACCAGCUCCUGGACCCGGGGUCCCUGCAGCUGGCCGUGGAGGCCUGGUACCGGCCCAGCUGCCUCCUGGGGAGGGACAAGGUGAAGGAGCCCAGGGCAGAUAGCUGUGAGACCAGCUUCACAGAGGGCAGGGAGCCCCAGGCAGGGCCCACAGAGCGGCCCAUAGGACCCAGCCAAGCUGAAGAGGAUGUCACCAUCCAUACUGUGUCCUAUGGAGUUCAAGAGGAGCUGCAGGGCCAAGAGGAUGACCAGGAGGAGGAUGAGAGUAAUGCAACUUCAACAGAGAGUGAAAGCGAAGACAACUUCCUCACGCUGCCUCCCAGGGACCACCUGGGUCUUACUCUCUUCUCCAUGCUCUGCUGCUUCUGGCCACUGGGCAUUGCUGCCUUCUACUUCUCCCAGGGGACCAGCAAGGCCAUCUCCAAGGGGGACUUCCGCCUGGCCAGCACCACCUCCCGCCGGGCCCUCUUCCUGGCUACACUCUCCAUCGCUGUGGGGGCCGGUCUCUAUGUAGCUGUGGUGGUGGCUCUGGCAGCUUACAUGUCCCAGAAUGGCCAUGGCUAGUGGCCAGUAGGGCCUGGAUCCUGCCUCCCCUGCCCAACUAAGGAAGCAGUGGGGCUUAGGGUUGCAGACCUGCCAGAGAGCCCAGGCCCC